AUGAGCCCUAAUGACCAGAAGAGCCUUGUUUCAGUUUCCCAGUCUCCAUCAGAAGCAGAGGGCGGGCGCCUUAAACCCUAAUAAAACCCUCUCCGUCUCUCUCACACACACACACACUCUCUCUCUCUCUCGUCGCUGCAACCCCUAACGUCUAAACUCUAAAACCCCUACACAGUAUAAACUUCCCCCAAUAACACUCCUCAUUGCCCAUUCCACCACCGUUAACUGGAAAAUCCAGGUUUUUUUUUGGCUUAAUCUCUCUCAAAUUGUCCACCGUAGCAUGCCCGUCAAGCUCCUCCCACACCUCCGUCUCCUCAACCAGUCACUUCCGCUAUCCCGUUUCUCCACCAUGAAGUCCACCAACCCAUCCCUCAAACACUACUCCUCUCGGGUCAUCCCCGUUUUCUCCCGGAUGUUCCCUCACAAGCUCAAGUACCAAUCUCUCUCCACAAGAUUAGGGCUCCCAACAGAAUAUCUCGGCUUUCGUCGGUUUUCGACCGGUGGUAGGUCCGGUUCGGGGGCCGAGGUCAGGGCUUCGAAGAGCCUUAUUGACGAUGAGGCUGAACUCAGUGAUUGGGUCAGUGGGCUGAGAUCGAACUCGUUUCGUACUCAUGAUGAUGAUAGUGGCAGUGGUUCGGGUAGAGAUAGAGGUGGAGGUAGAGGUAGUCAUAGGGGUAGGGGUAGGGGUAGGGGUAGGGAUGAGAGAAGUGGGAGGGAUGGGGCUAGGUUUUUGUCCUUUAAGAGGCAAAGGGAUGGUGAUUCGGAUGAUUAUUCAACUUCCAAUAGGCUAACGGGCAGGGAUUCAUAUUCGAGGGAGAAAACACGGUUUGGUGGUAAAUUCGAGGGGAAGGAUGAUGGGUUUGUGUCACGGAGGAGAGACAAUGGUUGGCAAGGGGAGAAGGAUUCGACAAUGUCUAAGAGAGGUGGGCGAAGUUCGGAAUUUGGGUAUGGGCGGGACCGAGGGGGAGGAGGAGGUAGGGGUAAUGGCCGAGGCAGUGGUGGAUUGAAUAGAGGCGGGAAAAGUAUGCAAAGAGGGGGGUUUGUGACCUCAGACGAGGAAAUUGGCGAUGAUAGUGAGGAGGAAGGGGAAGGGAGGUUAACUAAGAGAGGUGUGAGGGGUUCGGAUACUAGGUAUGGGCGGGACAGAGGGGGGCGAGGGGGUAGGAGUGAUAGAAGUAGUGGAUUAAGGGGUAGCGGCAAAAGUUUGAGAAAAGGCGGUUUGGUAACCUCAGACGAAGAAAUUGGUGAUGAUGAUGAUGAAGGGGAAGGGAAGUUAGCAAAGAGAGGUGGGAGGGGUUCAGAUUUUGGGUAUGGGCGGGACAGAGGGGUACGAGGGGGUAGGAGUAACGGUAGUAGUGAAUUGAAGGGAAGCGGGAAAAGUUUGACAAAAGGUGGUUUGGUGACCUCAGACGAAGAAAUUGGUGAUGAUGAUGAGGGAGGGGAACGGGGGUUAAUGAAGAGCUUUAGUGAUUUGAUAAGUGAAGAAGACAGUGAGGGAGAAGAAGAGGAUGGUGACGGUAGUGAUGAUGAUGAUAUGCUCAAGAAUGCAGGUUCUCUCUUUGCCAGAAAGAAACAAGCUAGUUCACAGGCUGUGCCUAGUUCGCCUGGCAGAAGUGACUCGUACUUGAGCGAGACCAGGUUUGAUAAAUGUUCAGUUUCUCCCUCUUCAUUGAAAGGAAUUAAAGAUGCUGGAUACGAGACGAUGACUGUGGUGCAAGAGGCAACACUUCCUGUCAUUCUUAAAGGUAAGGAUGUUCUCGCCAAGGCAAAAACUGGCACUGGGAAAACUGUUGCAUUUUUGCUUCCAUCGAUUGAAGUGGUAGUCAAAACACCCCCUGUGGAUCGUGAUCAAAAGAGACCCCCAAUUAUUGUGCUGGUAAUAUGCCCAACUCGAGAGCUUGCUAGUCAAGCAGCUGCAGAGGCUAACACCUUGUUGAAGUAUCAUCCUUCAAUUGGUGUCCAAGUAGUUAUAGGAGGUACAAGACUUACUCUAGAGCAGAAACGUAUGCAAGCUAAUCCAUGUCAGAUUCUUAUUGCUACUCCCGGAAGACUCAAAGAUCACAUUGAGAAUACAGCAGGAUUUGCAACUCGGCUCAUGGGUUUGAAAGUCCUUGUGCUUGAUGAAGCUGAUCAUUUACUAGAUAUGGGUUUCCGCAAAGAUAUUGAGAGGAUCAUAGCUUCUGUUCCAAAACAACGUCAAACACUUCUGUUUUCUGCUACUGUUCCAAAAGAGGUCCGGCAAAUUUGCCAUAUUGCUUUGAAAAGAGAUCAUGAAUUUAUCGAUACAGUUGGAGAGGGUACUGAGGAGACAAACUCACAGGUCAGUCAGAUGCAUCUAGUUGCUCCUUUGGACAAGCAUUUUCCACUACUGUAUGUUCUACUGAAAGAGCAUAUCGCAGAUGAUGUAGAUUACAAGGUUCUUGUGUUCUGCACUACUGCAAUGGUCACGCGGCUAGUUGCUGACCUCCUUGGUGAGCUCAAUCUCAAUGUUCGAGAGAUCCAUUCUAGGAAGCCACAAAGUUAUAGAACAAGGGUCUCUGAUGAAUUCCGGAAGUCAAAGGGCCUUAUUCUCGUGACUUCUGAUGUUUCUGCACGUGGUGUUGAUUAUCCCGAUGUUACUCUUGUCAUACAGGUUGGCUUGCCAUCCGAUAGAGAGCAGUACGUGCAUCGACUUGGUAGAACCGGUCGUAAAGGUAAAGAAGGCCAGGGCAUAUUGCUAUUGGCACAUUGGGAGGAAUCCUUUUUGUCUUCUAUUAAGGAUUUGCCAAUUGCAAAAGGCCAGAUACCUUCGAUUGAUCCAGAGACAAACAAAAAGGUGGAACGAGCAUUGUCUCAUGUAGAGAUGAAAAACAAAGAAGCCGCAUACCAGGCAUGGCUUGGUUACUACAAUUCUAAUAAGAUUGUGGGUCGGGACAAGUACAGACUUGUGGAGCUUGCUAAUGAGUUCAGCCGAUGUAUGGGGCUCGACAACCCUCCAGCAAUUCCCAAGCUUGUCCUUGGUAAAAUGGGACUGAGAAACAUUCCUGGUUUGCGUUCUAAAUAGAUUUACAAAUUUUGGAAUGCUUCUCUUGUCUCAUAAUUUCUGUUGUGACCUGAAGGAAAAUGGUUGCACCAUUAACCCUACUCUAAAAGCUUAGGCCUUGUCUCGAUUAUGUAAUUCAUACAAGGAAUUGAUCUGUGUUCAUAUUCGUUGAAACAUCCAGGAAAAAGAUGAGUAUAUCCGCAUUUGCUUUCUAUUGUUUCCUUGUACUGGAAAGUGAGAAUCUAGCAUUUUUCCAAUGAACCAAUAUUUUGAUCUAUUGAUUCUGAGGACUGAAUUGAGUUUUUCCCGUUGGCUAU